GUCGAAUUGACAGCGAGCAAAUGUCGAAUAUGUCGAAUGUGAACGUCGUUUUUGCGCUUUUUAUCUGAGGCACUGUAAAAUUUGUGUUCUUUCGGUGUUUUAACAGGAAAAACAAAGAUUUAACACUGUGGAACUCGGGGUAUGUUUGAUUAUUUGGUGUGUAAGGUGAGAGAAUAAGUAAGAAUGACGACACUACCAUUAGGGCAGCAAGCUGCAGCUGCAUUGCUGGACUUUAACCAAAAAUUGGACAUCAAUCUCCUGGACAAUGUGGUUGUUUCCAUGUACACUGGUAAUGGUGAAACCCAAAGGAUAGCACAAGAGGUUUUAACAACACUAAAGGAACACCCCGAUGCAUGGACCAGAGUGGAUACCAUUUUAGAGUUCUCAAGUAAUCAACAAACAAAAUAUUUUGCCCUGCAGAUAUUGGAGCAAGUGAUUAAAACCCGCUGGAAAAUUUUGCCUAAAAACCAGUGUGAGGGCAUUAAGAAAUAUAUUGUUUCCCUUAUUAUUAAAACUAGUUCAGAUCCCGAAUCACUGGAGGCUAAUAAGACUUACCUGAACAAAUUAAAUAUGAUUUUAGUGCAGGUCUUGAAAAGAGAAUGGCCUAAGAACUGGGAAAGCUUUAUACCAGACAUAGUGGGUGCCAGUAAGACUAAUGAAAGUCUUUGCCAGAAUAAUAUGAUUAUUCUAAAGUUGCUCAGUGAAGAACUCUUUGAUUUCUCUGCAGGUCAAAUCACACAAACCAAGGCCAAGCACCUUAAAGACACUAUGUGUGCAGAAUUCUCAGCAAUAUUUCACUUGUGCCAGUUCGUACUGGAAAACUCACAAAACCCACCAUUAGUUAAUGCCACAUUAGAGACUUUGUUAAGGUUUCUCAACUGGAUUCCCCUGGGUUACAUCUUUGAGACUAAGUUAAUAAGCACAUUGACAUUUAAGUUUUUACCUGUGCCAAUGUUCCGGAAUGUCACCCUAAAAUGCUUAACAGAAAUUGCUGGAGUCACUGUCAGCAAUUACGAUGAACAAUUCUUAAAUCUAUUCAAUCAAACUAUGACCCAACUGGAACUUAUGUUGCCUUUAACAACAGAUAUUAAAACUGCUUAUGCUUGUGGCCAGGAUCAAGAACAAAAUUUCAUACAAAACUUAGCUCUGUUCUUGUGCACUUUCUUGAAAGAACAUGGAAAUAUUGCUGAAAGUAAUGACGGCCAUGGAAUGCUGAGGAAUGCCUUGAGGUAUCUCGUCUUGAUAUCUGAAGUUGAGGAGGUGGAAAUCUUUAAAAUCUGCUUGGAAUAUUGGAAUUCUUUGUCCUCGGAGCUUUACAGGGAUGCUGAACUACAGUUGCGAAAUGUUUAUCCUGCACCUUCCGUGUUCUUUCCUGUGGUGUCUGGAUCCCAAAGUACUAGGAGAACAUUAUAUCAUGAGGUCCUAAACAAAGUUCGAUACAUAAUGAUCUCGAGAAUGGCCAAGCCGGAGGAAGUUUUAGUGGUGGAAAACGAUAACGGAGAAGUCGUGCGUGAAUUCAUGAAAGACACCGAUUCGAUCAAUUUGUAUAAAAAUAUGCGGGAAACUUUGGUCUAUCUAACUCACUUGGACUAUGCCAAUACAGAAAGGAUCAUGACCACGAAGCUACAAAAUCAAGUCGACGGCACCGAGUGGUCUUGGAAGAACUUGAAUACUCUUUGCUGGGCUAUUGGAAGCAUUUCAGGAGCAAUGCAUGAAGAAGACGAAAAACGCUUCCUGGUAACAGUAAUCAAAGAUCUCCUCCUCCUCUGUGAGCACAAAAGAGGCAAAGACAACAAAGCGAUCAUCGCCUCGAAUAUAAUGUACGUCGUGGGACAAUACCCGCGAUUCCUACGGGCACAUUGGAAAUUCCUAAAAACCGUCGUGAACAAACUGUUCGAAUUUAUGCACGAAACGCACGACGGUGUACAGGACAUGGCCUGCGACACUUUUAUAAAGAUCGCUAUGAAAUGCAGACGGCAUUUCGUCACCACCCAGAUUGGGGAGGCGUGUCCUUUUAUCGAGGAUAUUCUCGGUUCGAUUUCUACGAUUAUUUGUGAUCUACAGCAGCAGCAGGUGCAUACAUUUUACGAGGCGGUUGGUUAUAUGAUUUCUGUGCAAGUUGACCAUCCUACCCAGGAGGCGUUGAUCGAGAAAUAUAUGCUACUACCCAAUCAGGUUUGGGACGACAUAAUCAGCCAGGCCAGUAAAAACGUGGACAUCCUAAAAGAAAUCGAAAUCGUCAAGCAGCUCGCUAGUAUACUUAAGACGAACGUAAGGGCCUGUAAAGCUCUUAAUCACGCUUACGUACUGCAACUAGGCAGGAUCUACUUGGACAUGUUAAAUGUUUACAAGGUUAUGUCGGAAAACAUCACGGCAGCCAUAACACUGAACGGGGAAGGCGUAACGAAACAGCCCCUGAUCAAAGCGAUGCGGGUGGUAAAGAAGGAGACUUUAAAACUCAUUUCCGAUUGGAUCUCGCGGUCGCACGACAAAAAAAUGGUCCUGGAGAAUUUCAUUCCGCCAUUUUUGGACGCCAUUUUGUUGGAUUAUCAGCGGUGUAUCGUGCCUUCCGGCAGGGAACCCGAGGUUCUCAGCGCUAUUGCCACUAUUGUUAAUAAGUUGGAGGGUCAUAUCACACUGGAGGUCCCGAAAAUAUUCGACGCGGUCUUCGAGUGCACCUUGGAAAUGAUCAACAAAGAUUUCGAGCAGUUCCCCGAGCACCGAACCUAUUUCUUCUUGCUGCUACAAGCCGUCAACACUCAUUGUUUCGCCGCAUUUUUGAGUAUACCUCCCACACAAUUUAAGCUCGUCCUGGACAGUAUAAUCUGGGCUUUCAAGCACACAAUGCGAAACGUCGCGGAGACCGGUCUACAAAUUUUACUAAAAUUACUGCAAAACGUCGAGGAACACGAGGCGGCCGCACCCAGUUUUUAUCAGACUUAUUUGACCGACAUUUUACAGCACGUUUUCUCGGUUGUUACCGAUACGUCUCACACCGCUAGUUUGAGCAUGCACGCCACUAUUUUGGCUUAUAUCUUUUCACUGGUCGAAUCUGGAAAGGUUAAUUGCCAACUGGGUCGCACGGCGGACAACGUUAUGUUCAUACAGGAGUUCACUGCGAGCCUUUUAAGGACGGCCUUCCCGCAUUUAACCGACAACCAGAUCAAGAUCAUGGUCCAGGGUAUGUUUAAUUUGGACCAGGAUAUAUCUGCAUUUAAGGAGCAUCUCAGAGACUUCUUGGUACAAAUAAGGGAAUACACCGGGGAGGACGACUCCGAUUUAUUCUUGGACGAACGCGAGAAGGCGCUGCAGGCGGCACAGGCCGAGAAACGGCGAGUGCAACUCUCCGUUCCCGGUAUCCUGAAUCCCCACGAGGUCCCCGAGGAGAUGCAGGAUUAACCCUUAGGGCCCCACCCUAACUAUAAUAGAACCUUGUAAAGAGUGAUUUAACCAGUGUGUUGACCAAAACAAAACAAAAAAACUCAUUUGUGUGCUCGGUGGGUAUCGACGUUGUUGUGAUAAGAGACGAGUGAGGGUGGCGCGUGCGUACGGAUGGGUGAAUAAGAGUUUUACUAAUGGAAGUUUAUGGUUAAAUUAUUUUUUUAAUUCGCGCGGUUUAGGGAUCAAUAGAUGAAAGUCCGAACGUGUUGGAACAUUAGACGAUGUUUUGUCAGAUUUAUUGGCAUCCUCGGGGCUCUAAAAUAAUUGGAAGCACAAGAUACCGAGUUUUCAUUUUAAAUUAUGAUGAGAUACUACGACUUGAGAUGACACAAUCUUUUUAAAUAAAGAUUUUUUCUUAUUCGCUUGAUAGGUUCGUUCCUUGAAUAAAGGUCGAAAAAUCGUUUUCGAAAUACGAAAUUUCUACUUAGCCUAAACCUGUUUUCUAUGUGUUAGCAGUACUUAGAGAUUUGGCUCUUCUUGAUCACUUUUAUUUACAUAUUAUCGUGACAUUGUUGUUUCUCUCAAUUUUCUUUUGAUUUUAGAUAUUUUACCGAAAUGCAAAUGUUAUUGGGUGGUACUAGGUUUUAAAUAGUGGCUUGACCUAAAUAUUAGUUUGAUAUAUCUGAUAGUAGCUAGUUUUCAGCCAGAUCUUAAAAAUUAUGUUUGGAUCACAAGAAAAACUUGACUAUUCCCUACGUUUUAAUAGUUACAAUAAAGAAAACUCCUAGUCAAGGUCUCACAAGUAUGUUAAGGUUAUACGUCAGAGAUCACUCGUAUUUUGCCCAUGUGGGCAUUAUCAGAUCAAUAAAUAUAUCUUAAAAUACGGCAUUUUUCGUACCCCAUUAAAACUUAAACCAAGAAAUUGUAUAAAGGAUUAAAAUAUACACUAUCGGACAAAAGUAGAGCAACAACUUGUACUCGACAAAGUUUAAUUUUAGAUAGGUCAACAAAGAGCAUUUAACACAUAAUAAUUACUAGAAGUAUUAUCUUAAAGCCUUUAGACUAUUCAUUCAUUUUGCCUACUUUGCCACUUUGUAGUAUCUCAGAUAUUAAAUAAAAACAAUUUCUCUUUCGGUAUUUUUUGUUACGAUUUUACUCACUGUAUCCCGGACGAGGUUUGUUAAUAUAUUAGACGAAACGUCUCUUAAUUUAAACACCUUUAUGCUUUUACUUAUUGAUCGUUAAAAAAAAAAGGAAAACACAAUUUUUUGUUUUGUAACUAGUUAAGUGAUCUGCUAAGAGUUAAACAGUUUUGUUUUCGAUGUGAAUGUAAGGCGACUUUAAUUAAUAAACAAUUAGUUUAGCGAUUUAUUAUUCUUUGUUUACAAUGCAUUUGGAUAUUUGUAAUAUAUUAAUAUUAAAUAAAAGUAGGUUAUCGUUCUAAGCAGAUAUUACUUUAAUGGGGGCAGUGAGACGAACGUUUUAUAAAAUUAUUUUUUUUUUACAUAAUGACAGAGAAAAAUUUAAUUUAAUAGCUAUUUUAAAAGAACUGUUGCUGUAAACACAGGUAAGUUGACCCAUAACGUUUUAAUUUAUUCAAAUUUAACUCAAAACAAUAUUUAAGUCACAAAACGUCGUAGUGUCUCUAAAAGACAUUUUAUAUUGCAAAAAUAAUAAAUAAUAAAAAACUAAAUUUCUUAAAAAUAAGGUCGUAAAAUUUCUUAUGACGGAUUGGUAGGUAGGCUCCCAUUUCCUGACGAAUAUUUUGUUUGAAGUGCUUUAGGGAAGUUAAUGGUUUAUUGAUGUAAACUUUAGAUUUGAGGAAACGCCAACAGGAGAAAGUCCAUAGGAGUCAAAUUAGGUCUGUGUGGAGGCCAAUAUGGCAAUGUCAUUCUUGAAAUUAAUUUACCUGGAAAAAAAUUACGAACUCGUGGCAGAGAUUGCACGUGUGGCCUUUGCAAAUGUGAAUUUGGCAAUUGUGGACUUUGCUCCAUCCUAUUGGUUCUUUGGUUAUAGUCAAGAACAUUCUGAAGUUUUGGAAAAAAAAGCACAUAACGUCUAGGAUUCAUCUUCAAAAAAUUAUAGACCCUUAGUAGGCGAAUCAACAGGUUUCUGAUGUUUACAUUUGAAUUGUUCAUUUCAAAAACCACGUAAGUCAAAAAAAUAUAAUUUUCAGGAAACAUAAAAAACUGAUUAUUUAAAAAAGUAUGUUUUUUUAGUAGAAAUAAAUAUUUUUUAUUUGAAGUGAUUAGUUACCAAAAGCAAGGGCAUCGAGAAAAAAUCCAGAAAACUAGAAUUUGUUGUUAAAAAAAAUUAAAUAAAAAUUUUGACUUAUGUUAUUUUUGCACGGAGAAAAUUUGUUAAAUUCUUUUUUGCAUUUUUCGGGAGAUAUAAACUAAAAAUUACAUGUUCAAAAUAUUUGUUCAAAAAUAAUUAUAAAUUCAAAAAAAAAACAGGUUAAAUAAUAUUUAGGGUACAUAGUCAAAAUCUUCGUCAUUCUCGACAUUCUCUUGGAAAUCUUGCUCUUCUCCUGUUGGCCAUCGAAAAAUUUCCUCAUAAAAUGGCAUAUGCUGUUGAAGUAUGCUAUUUCUGACUUGUUUGAUGUUUUCAAUUUUUUUGGGAUUUAUGGGAACGUGGCCCAAUGGAUAAGCCUGCUUCUCUGGUAAAGAUAUUUCCAUAGCUUUGUUUCUAACCAACUGGAACGUAUGUCUACUUAAGCCAUCAAUGAACUGUCUGGUAACAAUGGCUCCUUUUUUAUUCCUAUCAUAUUCAAAGGACAUAUACGUAGAUGGAGAAAAUGACUGCUUAUUUUCUUUUGGAACGUGCCGUCCAAAACUCUCAUCUGAUAGGCAUGGUCUCUUAUAGUAGGUAGGCCACCAUUUUGAAAAAUUCAUGACUUCACGCGUUGACAACAAAAAUACGAAAAAGCUUGGGUUUGCCUCUGAGUAAUGAGUUCUCUUUCGAGGGAAAUCCAUAAUAUGAUCGUGUAUUUCUUUUAAAAUUUUAGGCCGUGUAGUAUUGGCCUUGGGAUGUUGGCCUCGUUUGUCAUGAGGAGUUUCCGAUCUAACAAGUAGGUCGCAUAGGCGUCUUACUCGGUUUUCUGUUAUGCCAAAAAUGGAGAUAAAAGCUUUCUUGCAUACGACUUUAUUUUUCAAUUUUGUAACGAUGAAAUAUUUGAAAGCAUAACGGGGUCCGGUAGCACGUGGCGGCAAAACUUUUCCUUUACAGUUGAUAUGUUCAAGCCCCUUAACUUUUGAUUUCUUGAUAAUAUUCCUUUUGUAUGAUUCUGGUCGCUGUUGCCUCUUUUUCAGAGGUUCUGGUCGAUCUUCUAUUUCACUACUUGAACUAUCGGACAUUUUUCGACGAUAUUUACGUAUCAAAAUAAAAAAUUACGUUACGACUACUAACAGUCAACGACAAACUGAGAAUGUAAACAACUAAGAAUAGCCACACAGAAGAAACGUUAUGAUGACGCCCCCACUCUUGAUAAGAUAAUCGUUGCAAAAACAACAUAAGUAAUUGACUAAUUUGGUUUUUGCAGUGAAUUCUGAAAUUGGAGUCGGUUCAUUUUUAUAUCGGUAUAUUUGACUUGCGUGGUUUUUGCCUAUAACGUGUAGGAACACAUGACAAGCCGUUUCAUGGCAAAAACGACAUAUUGGAAAAAUUGACUUAUGUGGUUUUUGAAAUGAGCGAUUCAUUUGGGAUUGGUUGUUCAUUAAGGUGGAUGUGAGCUUCAUCCGAAAAUAAGUUCUUGGUAACCUGUCAAUCAUUGGUUUACGAAUUGUACCAUCGUGCCGAAAAAAAAUUGGUACAUUCAAAUUUAGGCAGGGAAUGGUCUCCUAGUCUAUUAUAGUAAAUCGUAUUUCUUGAAUAUGGUAUGCAUAUUUACGCAAUAUGAAUUUUUGGAAUCUUAAUAAUUACAUAUUUAAAUAAUAAUAUUGAUACAAAACUUUUUUAUUUUUCGAUAUUUAUUUUUAUUUGGAACACAUUUUAUGCAUAAACCAAAACUAACUAAUAUCUUUUUUGAUAAUAUGAAAUAAAAAAUUAUUAAUACUUAGUAAGAGCACCGUCGUUAUCAAUUACAGCUUGCAAACGUCGUGGCAUACUUAACACGUUAACUGCCAUGUGUACCACCAGUGGACACAGAACUUCUUACCUUCCAAGCCAUGUGUACAUGGGGCGGCCACAUUAAGCGUUGAUUGAAAUGUAUGUAUGGAUUGGUCUGGCGUAGGAAAUAGUUUGUUUGAGAAUGGCUCGGGAAUAUUUUUGUUUUUCGAAAUAAUAUGACACAAAAUAUUGACGUUUUUAAAUGAUACGUUUAUUUUUUCAAUGGGCAGUAAUUUAACAUGUAAAAUUGUUAUUUAUAAUUAUAAAAUAAACAAACUAAUUUUAAAAAUAAAAUACUUCAAAAUAAAAAGAUAAUUUUAUAUUUUUAAAAACGUGUUUUUGGAAAAAACGGUCCUUACAAAUAAAAAUAUUUUCGUCACAACCUAAUACGUAGGAAAAUCUUUUGGUAUUUUUUACAGCAUAAUUACGCCCCUGUUCUUGUGAGUUUUUUUCGUAGCAAUAUCUGCACCUGCCUCUUUUUAGCUUUUUCUCAUUAUCUGUCUUUUCGGAAACUUUGUGCUCUUUUGAGGGAUCUUAUUGAUAACAUCGUCGGAUCCAAGUAAUUCAAAAAAAUGAAGUUAAUCCUUACCGCGCAUUUGGGUCUGCAAGGCUAGUGAAAUUUCAAUAUUCAUUGGUAGAGUGAAUGUCGACAAAUUUCCUGAAGCUGGUCUCCACUCCGGUCUUUUAUCAUUGCCUGAAGAAUCUAUGUCUAUAUCUAACUGAGCAGAUGUUUAAGGCUCGGAAGUAUCUAAAAAAAUGGAGGGUAGUGUAUAAGAUGAUAAUCAUUACUAGGAAGAGAAAAUAUGAAUUUUAGACGUUAAAUUUGAUAUACAUAAGUAUUCCACUUAGUUUCGUACGCGAGUUAGUAUAUUGAAACUUUUUACAACACUGUUUUUUUCAUUUUAGAAAAUAAGCUAUGUAUAAAAAAUGGAAUUGCCAAACCUGCUACGUACCUAACUGACGUACAUACUUUAUCUUUUUCUUUUUAGGGCGGUCUUUUUCAAAACUGCCUGAAGAUAUCUCGCCGGCCAAAUAUGUCGUAUCCAAAUCAGAAUCUGAGAUAUUUGAAAACUCGUCACUCAUGUCGAGGUCUCUAUAAAUCUAUUUCUUCUGCUGCAGCCUCCACUGCUUGUUGCAUCUCAGUAUCAGAAAUAAUUCUUUUCUUUGCCGCCAUUGCUCCUCCAAAUUAUAGCCCACAAAACAACAUGUUUUUACACCGAUUUUUAUAGAAAGAAUGACUGAAGAAGGCAACAAACAUAAAAUGCACGUGGUAUUUGCGCUUCUAGUGAAAACCGUACAACUGCUGCCAUCUCUCCAGGAGAAUCAACAUUGACCUUGUACGUGUCCAGAUAAGGUACACAUGGCACACGACAUCAAAAAAUAAAACCUGUACAAUCAGGUGCCAUGUGUACCACAUUUGGACACAGCGUUUUUAAACCAAAAAAAGCAAAAAUUACAUAAAUUUUUACACAUGCGUUCGUUUUGAUGCACACAGACACUGUUUUUAAUAAAAAAGUUACGUGGCCCCUAGGACCCGGUAAUUUUUUUUUUUAUUGGGACUGGCAGUUAACGUGUUAAAAUUAAGUUUCUGAUAUAUUCUUCGAUUAUUUGGUCCCAUGCGUCAUCUAUCGUUAGGCGUAAUUCAUUCUGAUUUCUAGGUCUACAGUUAUCUUGAUAUACAUAUAUUUUGCCAUUUUAACCCAAGUUUUCAAUUGGAUUGAUAUCGAGGGCCACGGUAAAACUUGAAUUCGUCUUUCGUCUAGUUAGUUUUAAACUAUAUGGGCAGUAUCUAUAGGAGCAUUAUCAUGUUGGAAGAUAAAAUCUUGCCCAUAGACUACACCAACUGAUGGUACCAUAUCAUUGUUGGAUAUUGCAAUAUCCUAAGGCAUUAAGCCUUCCCUGCACUAUUUGACAAACGCGUGGUCCUCUAAAACUAAUCCAGGCCCAAACGUUUAUACUAAAACGUCAACUUUGAGUAGUCUUAUGAGUAUGUCCUUCAUCAUAUCUGGUACUCGAAGGCCUGUAAAGGCGGAUUUUGCCAUUAUUGCACGACUGAAAGGUUUUUUCAUCCGAAAAUAUUACCGUUUCCCAUAUGUUGUUUUGGUGUGCAUAUUGAUGGGCAAAUUGUAAUAUUCUCUGUUUGUUUGCUUCAGUUAAAAAUAUUUUAUUUGUUGCACAGCAACUUUUAAUUUCCGAAUUUCUUAUCCUACCAGAUUUUCUAUACUACGAGCUGUAUUGGCAGAACCAGGAAAAUGCGUAUCUACUUUUGCCUUUAUUGCUGUUUCAAACGGACUGUUUCUUAGAAAGCCAGAAAACUCUAUCUUGAAUGUCGUUUGAAAUUUUUGGUCGACUAGAACCUGGAUUUCUUACAAUAGCUCCAUAUUCUGCAAUUUUUGCCUUAGCUAAGGAAACGGUAUUUUUACUAAUGCCCAAUUCUUUUGCGACUCUUCUUAUAGGAACUGCAUCCAUGAGACGAGUGUUUAUUAUUGCUUUUUCUUGAGGAGAUAAUGCGGGCAUUUCGAAAAAACGAUUUUGUUGACGCCGCUGUCAGAAAGUUAAAUUAACUUUGACAACAUCAAAAUAGAUUAUUCUAAUAGACCAAGAGUACCUCUGAAUAACAUCCUUGGGUUUUAAUUCUAGCACCAAUUAUUGAAUGUUAUCUGGGUGUAACUUUAGGUGCAUCUAGUAUGGCGGCUUUUAUAUGAGCUAAGAUAUAUGCUCAAUAGCAUAUAUCUUAACUGAAUGACAUCUCUGAAAUUAAUUGAUUUUUUGUUUGAGAUUUGAGUUUGAGACUAAUUCUAGUUUAUCAGUGUAAUUGAAAGAAUUUAUAUCAAGGAACACGCGGGAGAGAAAAAGUUGAAAUUUGGGAACUGUGAUUUUUUUGCGAGAAGGAAAGUCUAGUAAGAAAAUGAUUUCUUCAAUAGAUGGAAUAUUUAGUCUUGAAUGCACUUAUGAUAGAGAGCUAAUGUUUGGUAUAUUUUGAUUGUCAUCGUUUUUAUAUUAAGUGAGCUACUAAAGAAUCUGGUGACAACGAGAGAUAAAAUGUGGAAAUUAAAGAGAACAAGAAGUAAGAAAAGUUUAAUUUUAAUAUUCUUGGUACUAGAUAAUCGAAAAUGUAGACAUUUCAUGGUCCUCUGAAAUACAGAUCAGAUGGUAUUGAUUAAAUUUUUCUUAUUUUAUUUACGAUAAAUUCUGGUUAAUUAAUAAAUUGCUAAAGGAGCUCAGUAGUUAAUAAUAUGAAGACUACAGGCGAAAAAGGAUGAGGGUCACAAAUCCAAAGUUUUGUGCAAAACAGAUUUUAAAUUUAAAAACCUUCUAUUUUCUUGUAGCUUAACUCUUUUUGGAAGAUUUAUUUUUAAAAGGUUGGCUUGUGUAUAUGUUUUUACUAAAAUAGUUUAAAACUACUAAUUUUUUAACAUAAGCAUCUAGAAAAAAAUUUCAUUAUGGUUAUGUACACAAAAUCAGGAAAAAAAAGAUGACAAAAAUUUUUUAUUCAGUUACAUUUAUAUUUUCAAAGUAAAGUUGAGCUUCGACACUACAAAAACGUUUUAAAUCCUGCAGGUUUUGGUAUUUCUUAGCAUUGAUGGGAAUCCUGUUUUCAUAUUUGAAAUUUGGAAGUUCAAAUUGUCCUGAAGGUAGAUCUAAUAUACCAACUAUAUUGUCUGCAUUUUUUAAUUUGCCUUUGGCUGCUUUUCCUCUCGCUUUUCCUUUUUUGGUAGUUCUCAGUUUUUUUUUGUAGGCACUACGACGCUUGAAAUAAAGCCUCCAUUGUACGAAUCACGAUGAUCGAUCAUUCUGGGCUCUUCUUUUUUUUAUGAGCAGUUCUCUGAUUGGGUGGGUUUCAGAGGGACAUUUUGUUACAUAAUAGUUUGUUAAAUGAUCAGUCCAGCUUCGAAAAAUCUCUUGAUCUUCACAGCUAACUACUUUAAAGGGACUUGGUUUAACGCGGGCAUUUCGAAUGUGAUCAUUCCAACUGAAAGGAAGUUCGACAAAAACUUUAGAAUUGAUUAAGCCCAUAUUACGAUCACAUUCCAUGUAGCUAUGUCCUCUAAUUGUAAAAACCAUUUUUAUACACUGAAGUCGGCCUUGUACAACAUAAUGAAGCAUUCGAAACAAAGUAUAAUUUUGAUUCUGUCCACAACACGAAUAACAAAAAAUCACAAGUUCUUGAACUUCGGGAUUCAAUUCAUUGAGUAUGUAAUUAAACAGCAUAGAAGCAACUUCGUCUGCGCCUUUUUUUGCGGCGGUUUCUGUGUACGUAUAAAAAAAUGCCUCACCACUGGCUAAAACGUGAAUAUGAAAUAAGUAGAACAAUAACUGUCGUUUGUAGUAUACAUCAUUAGUGCUAAUGUUUGGCAGUGGCUAGUUUUUUUGAUAAUCCAUAGCAAUGGCUUCAUGAUGGGGGUGUUGUUGAGCUCUUUUGCGUUCGGAUCGUUUUCUUUGAUAAAAAGCCUCUGCCUUAUGGUGAAGUUGAUUUGUCACAUGUAAUGUAGCAAGGUUUGAAGCCUGUGAAGGAUCUGCAAUUUUUGCUUUAUAUUCAUCGCAACUGCUGCAUGUGUCACUGCGCGGGUAACCGAAACUAAUAUUAAAUUUGUUUACAAAGAUAGAACGAUAUGACUCAUAUGAAAUUGGUCUAGUCGGAUGUAAUUCCUUAAACAUUUGGAACAUUUUCUUAACGUUUAACUCCUCUGGUAGGUAGGUUUUUUUCGACUUGUGAAGGCUAUAGUGUGACUGUCUACCUUUAAAUGAUCGAAUAUGAGCAAAGACAGCAUUAGUGGUUUCUUGGUGUAACUUGUUUGGUCGAUUGGAAUGUCGACCACGACCAUCUUCACCAACAUGUCCGUCUUUAACAAGCUUUUGCUGGAUGUUUUGAAUGCGCUUCGCUGAUAUUCCAUGUAACGACAGCAUUGCCUUGUAGAAAACAGGAAUCUCUUUGGCUCCAUUAUCUCGCAUUACUCGAACCUUGAAAGAAAUUAACUACUGUAAAAGAGCUAGAACAAUAAUACAACUUACCUUAUAUUUGUAGGAGAAUGAGUGAUAAACUACACCUUCAUCGUUAGCUUUUCUUUGGCGCCGUCUUUUAACUGGCUCAUGCGAAAUGAGACCUGCCAAGUAUAAGGUCUGCUCAUUAUAGGAUUUUAUUUCAUUAAAGUUUUUUGAAUUUUUUUUUUCCAAACGGUCUUGAACACCAAUUACUUCAAAACAUUUUAACCUUGAACAUAACUGCUACCAGUUUCAUGUGUUUGCAAUCUUAGUUUUUUUGACGAGUCAAAAACGCGACCUAAUUUUGGCCUUUUUUUAGUAACGCUUGAAGACUCACACUCAGUAAUCUUAAACAUUCCGUGAAAAACGAGUUAGAUAUACCACUUUUGCUGAUAAAAUAAGUAUCUCAGAUGUUAUAGAAGUGAAGUUUGAGCUUCUAAAUAACUCUCUUUAAAAAUAUCUAAGUUAUUAUAUAAUAAAAACAUGAAUCAAUUUUUUUGUAAUAAAUUGACCUGCUAAUAUAGAGAUGAUGGCUCAUUUUAUUCAUGAGUUUUUUUUAACUCGAUUCAGUUUAAGUGUUUUAGUGAAUCAGGCAGAAGUUCCAAUUUCUUAAAAGUUAUUUAAUCCAUUUCAUAAUUUGAUAAAAAAUUAAAGAAUAGGAUAAAAUAUUUUAGUUUGUGUCUAAACUACAAAGCUGAAUUUUGAUCUAAGAUAGAAAUGUAGUAAAAGUGAGGCUCUUAAUAACUAUUUCUAAAAAUAAUUAAAUAAAGAGAUAAUCAGGAGAUCUCCGUUUAUGUUCAUAGGAAAAAAAAUAUUUUUGGAAUAUUAAUUUUUAUUUCUUUUAUAAAUAUAUAGGUAAGAAAAAAAGUACAUAUCUUGGAUUACCAGCAAAAACCCUGACGGGAUCAUCACGAAUGAACUCGUUAAUUAGGAAAUACCAGUAAUCUAAGUUUCUUAGUUUAAUGACAGUAAGCUAAACAAAUAUAAAAUGUCUUUUCAGACACCUUGUAUAUUUUACAGUGAAAAAAUCACAGAUUUUUAAAAACUUUAUGCUACCUUAUACUUUAGGGCUUUUUUAAGUUUUAAUAAAAUAUGCCUGGAAAUGAUAAAAAAAAUUUUUGGUACAUUUAAAAGUCCAUUAAAGAUCGAAUUGAUAAUAUGGAAAAAUGAGUAGCUUAGUUUUAUAUGGAAGUAAAAUAGUGUAAGGUACAUUAAAAUGACAACAUUGCGUUCGUUCCUUUUGAAUUGAGAGAAAAAACGACUUAAAUUAUCCGAACUAUCUUAAGCAACCUUUAAAGUUAAAUCUGGAGAUUUUCCUUUGAUUUUGGUACCUGAGCUUUAGUUCACAAAUUAGUUGGUCUUUUUACUACUAAACCCAAUUUCGGUGUAGGCAAUUAUUUUUUCCACCUUAAUUAUUGAUUUGAUGGGAUCAAUAUUGGUAACUAGCACUGGCAACUACGUUAGUCCAAUCUUGAGACUGAUAAAUGCCUGAUGUCUUGACAUGAAAAAUUUAUAGUUUAAACAAGUUUUAGCAGUGAUGGACCGAAUUUAGUUUAAUAUUUUUACAUUAAUCUGUACCAAAAUAAACGAAGACCAUUCUUUGCGUUAAUUUUUAGAUGUUUUUAAUUAUUUUGACUAUUAAGGUCAUGUCUGGGUCCACCAUCAGAGUAAGGAUCUCUCUAAUGACUAUUGGAUUUGGACAUAGAAAAAGAAUAAUUAUUAUUUUAAGUUGUUUAAUAAAGCUGCAACCACGUUUUGCCUUCCGAAUUUUCAAGAGGGAAAGUUUGAGCUUUAAGGGAAAAAAAAAUUGUAAUACUCGAUUUUCACAGGAAAUUGACUUACACUUAUUGGCUUCUGAACCUUCCGUAUAAUAGACAAUAUGUUCAAAAAUUCGUCGUUGUGUGGUAUAAUUCUAAAAUAGUAACUGGAAAAUCAACUUUUUAUAUUAUUUCAUGGUUUCGUUAAAAUUUAUUUCUUAAGGCAGUAUUUAAAAAAAAAAACUGUCAAGACCUUUCGACUUAGAAUGAUAUUUUUUUUUAAUAUAUCCGCCAUUAACAGUAUCACUUACUAUUAAAUAUUAUUAUCAUAAAAUAAUUUUUUCAUUGAAAUGUUUCGUAACACUUUCGGGUACGGCUUUCCUUGUCUCAUACAUUGUUUUUGAAGAUGGUAGACAAUGGUACAGUGAAAACAUCUUGUCGGACUUGCAUUGUCUUAUUUAUUUAUUGUAACACGACGUUUCGGUUGGUAAGUAUCUCCAACCGUUAUCAAGUGUAAACUGUUUACACUUGAUAACGGUUGGAGAUACUUACCAACCGAAACGUCGUGUUACAAUAAAUAAAUAAGACAAUGCAAGUCCGACAAGAUGUUUUCUCAUACAUUGUUAUUGUCAUAAAGUAUGUCUUUCUCUACUAAAACGGUUUUUGUAUUCCACAUUACAAGUGUUCUUUUGCUCUAAAACUGCAUAAAAUAUUAUUUAUGAUCAUUUAUGUAUUUUCUUAUUCACCUUUUACCCAAUUUUUAGUUUAGUUGCCUUUAUAAAAAGGCUAAACUGUCUGUUGUAAGUUGCUUUUCUGUCUGUUGAGCGUUCCGCCAUUGAAUUCAGCACCCAGGCAAGUCUAGUAUGGCCUCAUUUUAAUUCAUAGUUGGUUUAUCUAAUUUUUUCAUUGCUUUUUUCCACCUUUAGUUUAACAUUUUAACAUUUAUAACAUUUUUAUUUUUUUUCUCUAUUUUAAAAUAUUGUUUAUUCAUAUAAAUAUAACUGAGAUUAUCUGACGUUUCGAAUUUAAUUAGUCAUUGUCAAUUUUAAUUUUUAAAUACAUUGCAGUACUUUCGACCCGGCGGCAAAGCAAUGAUAUACCAUAAACAAUUAACAAAAAUCUUUAAGCAAAAAAGGAACAAUUCUGGAAAUGGCUUUCCUUGGCUUGCACAUUGUUAUUGUCAUAAGUCUGUCUUUCUUGUUUUUUUUUUGCCCUACAUUGCAGGCGUUUUAAUAGGCGACCAAUGUGUUUAAGACCGUUGUGUAUUUUACACCUUUUACGUUAUCGGUAUUAGCCUAGUUGUCUAUAGAGAAAAAUUAAUAAAUAUUACUAGGAUUAUCGGAGGACGUUUCGAGUUUGAAUGGUCGUCAUCACUUUUUUUUUAAAAUACAUCACUGUACUGUUUACCCUCAAAGCAAUGUUGUACCAUAAUAACAAAAAUCUCGGCUUUCCUCGUCUUACACAUUGCUAUUGCCAUAAUGUCUGCUUUUUUUCUACUAAAACAUUUAUUAGCAAGGCAUGGCCCUAUAUUUCAGAUAUUCUUCUAAAAUAAACUAUUAGAAAUGAAUGAAUAAACAACUACUAUUGUUACAAUUUAUUUAUUUUUAAAAAAUAUUUUAAAAAAUCACACUAUUUUUAUUAAUGCAUGUUACAUGGUUUUUUAAUAUAUACAAUCACGAAACUGCUAUUCUCUGGAUAUUUCUACUCACCCUGAAUGCAUAGAACCGAGUAAAUUAAGAAUGUUCUUAUUCUUCCAGAAACCGCUAAUAUUUUAUGAAUAUUUAGCUUGGAAGGUUCCAAUGUCCCCUGAUAUCUUGGGAAUAUAUGCAUCUUAUGGUUAUUCUAUUAAUUAAAAUAAAAUGUUCUUUUAAGGGCUAUUCCGGCCGAUAUAAUUGACUUAGGAACAUUGACUUAUUUUAGUGCAUUAUUAAUCGAAUAAAUAUUCUUAUGUUUAUUGGGAAAUUUUUGUAUGAACUGAGCUCGAAAGAUUCAAACGAUCCUCUUAAUGACGUAAGCAUGUGCAACAAAAUAUUCAAUGGAUAUACUGAAAAAUAAUAAGAAUAUUUCAAGGUAACUCCUAGUCAUUUACAAUAAAUAAAAUAUAAUGGCGUUAUGUGUUGUAUGUGAAUAUAAUAUUUGAAUAAAAUAUUUUUUGAAUAUCGAAAUAUAGGAAUUAGAAAAAAUGCUUUGAUUUCUAUUUUUUUAUUUGUGCUUUCAUUUUUGCGUCAAAGCUGCCAAACUACCGAGGUAAAAAAAUGAUCUGCACAUAUAUUUAUAGGAAAUUAAAUUUCCUAUAAAACAUCUCUCUGAAAAUAUCUUUAACUACCUCUUUUAGUUUACUUACCUUUAUUAUAUUUUUUUUAAAAGGAAUUUAAUGCUCUACAAAAAAGAUCUCUUUACGUUUUUCUAUAAAAAUUCUUUAAGUUAUUUAUAAUUUAAGGAAAAAUUAAAUUAUUGUUUUCUUCGUUUUUGAACCAAGUUUUUUUUUCAUUUAGUGGAACACGUUAAUAUUUUGUAUCAUCUUAAUACCUAUAUUAGUAAUAAUCUGGUAUAUCAAGAAUUUUAUAUCCUUGCCUAAGAAAAUUGACAGAAGCAUAAUAUUAUAUAAAAAAAAACUAAUUAAAGUAGUGCUUAUACUAGUUGCGUAUGUAUAUAAGUUCCAGAUAUUUAUUAGAAAUUACUAAUAAGAAAUGAGUCUUUAUAUUAGCAAAGUAUAUUUUAAAAAUAGGAGUUUCCUGAUUUUAAUUAAUAACCGCAUUAUUCACCCAUCCGUUCUCAAAAUAACGCAAAGAAAACACGGAUUUUAAUGGCCUGCUCACCAGCCCAAAAUAGAGCUUUAUGGUGGUCAAUUUGUUAAGAACGAUAUUUUUCUAUUCGAUGUAUCAUCCCCUUAACGUGUAGUUUUAGUUUCACCGCAGUAAAAAUGUUCCGUGUGAGAAUAUUAUAUAUGUAACUACAUACAUCUUGCUGAGAUGCUUUUAAUUUUUUUCUUUUGUAUUUUCUUUCUUUUUUUUUAUCAUCGAUUUUGUUUGUUUAGGAUCCUGUAUAGAAAAAAGCUGUUGAGUUAGUAAUAAAAAGAAAUUGUUUCUUCAAUA